UUACAUAGUCCAAAACCAACGAAAAUUCGACACAAUUCUCGUUAACCGAUAAUGAUUAUGCUAUUUUUUUCCUAAUUAUCCAUAAAAAAAGUUAUCAUUAUCUUGUGAUUUUGUCUCGCAGUACAAAAGGGUAUGUCUGUAUUAGGAACAUAUUCACAUUUUCUCCACAGAGAGGUUGAAAAAUACCCUCCUCAGUGCUUUGUGAGUGGAAGGGGUUAUCUGUUUUGUCGCAAAAGUUAUUUUGGGAACAAAUUGUAUGAAAGCAGAAACAAAGAACAAAACAAAAUUAAAGGAAGGAAUUUUCGUGUGGAAGCUAUGUGGCCAGAUUUGUCAAGACCAAGUAGUGUAGAAAUGGAAGCUAUUAAUGAUUCUGAACAACUUGAUCAAAUUCUUCUUCAUGCUCAGCAUAACUCUCAGCCUAUCCUUAUUGACUGGAUGGCUGCUUGGUGCCGGAAAUGCAUCUAUUUGAAGCCAAAGUUGGAAAAAUUAGCAGCUGAAUUUGACACCAAAACCAAAUUUUAUUAUGUGGAUGUCAAUAAAGUACCUCAGACUUUAGUCAAGCGGGGCAACAUCUCUAAAAUGCCAACAAUUCAGCUUUGGAAAGAUGGAGAGAUGAAAGCAGAAGUAAUUGGAGGCCAUAAAGCAUGGCUAGUCAUUGAAGAAGUUAGAGAAAUGAUCCAAAAGUUUAUAUGAUUAUUUUUUUUAGUCAAAAAAGUUUAUAUGAUGUUUUCGAAUUUAUUUCUCUUACUCCCUCCCCAAAAUAUCAAAAAUUGUAAUAUUCUAAUGAUUUUAUUUUGUGUAGCUGUGUAUAUCCAUCAAUCAUAUAUAAAGGAAAGGGGCUUAAUGUCACUCUCUUCAUGUUAUUAA